AUGGCCAGCCACGACCAGAAUUACAAUCAUAACCUCGAGGCGUAUGAAGCUACCCAGCGCAGGCCAGAGACGACCAUUCUUCGACAAAAUCCUACGAUGACGGCCACAGAUCACAGUCGUCGUGCCUCACAACAGAAGCACGUGGAUGAGGCCGUUUCAAGUGCCUUUGAUAAGGCCGAGACCUCAAAUUACAUGCCACCAGAACUGAUUGCGCAAAUCACCCAAAGCGUAAUCAAGCAGCUCCAAAGCACUGGACUCGAUGGCAGCACCCCAGUCCCACCGCAGCAAAGCUCUUUCCCACCUCCACCUUUAGCCUCUCAGCCCACACAAGAACAACCACUUCCUCCCCAAUCGCCGUCGACCACCACCUCUGGCACCUCUCCUAACAUGCCAAACCGUGUCUUCACCCCUCCUUCGCCACACCGUCAUUCCGACCCCAUCGACCAAAUUUCGCCCCCUCCACAAUCAGCCCAACCAUUUGAACCACCCAUGAGCCCAUCGAAAGGCUACAGAGCAGCACACUUCAGUCCCAAUAGGUCUCCUUCGCCCUUUAGCCAGGGCAGCGACACAAGUGAAAAGCAGUAUUCGAGGCCCAAGGGUCCAUCAAGGCUGCACUCUGGCAAAGAAGAAACCACACUGGAAAAAAUAUGGGGUCCCUUGUUUGACGAAGAAUGCAAGGCGACGGCCAGGCUUGGCCAGUUUUUACGUGGGUUAGCUGUACACAUUAUUGAGGAUUACAAGCCGCAGCAUAGUAUUGUUAUUACGCCUGAUAAGAUGGUGAAAUACUAUGACGAUGUCAAACUCGAGACUGAGCUGUAUCCUUGGUCCGUUGUAUUUGACGACGAGCGGUCGUCUAUCUCUCGCAUGUAUCGAGAUCUUUCCUGCCAGCAUCAUCUCGUACAAGAAAGACACGAUGAGCGACCCGACAUUCCCGGCCUUACGCCGGUUGGCUUCGAAAGAUGGAUGACCUUGCUAAUCCUUGCACAUCCUGAGGCAGAGUUCGAGCGGCUCAAGAAAGCAGUGUUGGAGAUGCCGAUCAACAAUCCAGAUGACAAGAAGGAGCGCUUUCCGAAAGAGAUCACAAGACGACUCUUCCCAAAACACGAGGACAUGAAAACGCGUUAUAUGGUUGAAGAUUCGAUGAUUGAGCACGCAUCAAUCCAAAUUCCACGGCAGCGAAGCCAAGAAGAUCUGCAACCUCGUCAAGAUCCAUCCGCACAGAAGACCAACACUACUGAUUCGUUCAUUCCGCUACAGCCUAAGCCAAACGUUGCGGAGUCCUACAUUCCGUCACAGCACAGGCCGAGCGUUCAGGAGACCCCCACUCCCCAGAAUCCUCGUCCGAGCGUUAGCUUUGCAGAACCGGAGGUCUUCGCAUCUCCAACACCCUCUCACCCCAACUCUCAGAUUGAGCGCGAGCGUGCGCCUUAUGCCAAUGUCCCUGAGUCCGCGGUGGUAGAUGACAUGAAUCCGCCGGAGCCGCCAGUCUCCAAGCCAAUAGAGCGUGAACGAAAGCCUUAUGUGUCCCAAGUUGGAGGUGGGCGACAGUAUGAGCCCGAGGAGAUUCGACCACGCGAGACCUCGAAGCCAAGGGCUGACUCUCUCAUGAACGGCAAACCAGCCAGAUCAGAUUCAACUGCCAAUCGUACUCGACCUAUUAAUAUCAACACCGGCAAUCAGCAGCUUCCCAAGCCUGAAAUCCACCAACACUACCGUGCUGGAUCAAAUGCUGGGAACAAUCGUCGCCGGCGCUCUCCGUCAUUUAGCCGUGGCACCACUGCAGAUUUCAGACGGUCAGAGCCCGAUGUGAGAGGCUAUGGGCAGGGAUAUGAGCCUGCCUCGGCGCCUGUUUUGGACGAGUCAGACACUAAAGCCUACUUCGAUAAUCAAGCACGAGAACGCGCACGUAAGAAGGCAGAAGAUGACAGCCGCAAUUACGGUGCCAGUCCAAGGCGAGACUAUGAUGACCGCCUUCCCAGACGUGGGGAUUCAAUGUACGAAGGCGACUAUGGCAGGAGGGAUAAGCGAUACGAGGAUACGCAUAGGGAAUCGUAUGCACCCGUGUAUCGGUAA